AUGGGGGUGACGGGAGCUGAAAGAGUGAACUGUGCAGCCUUCAUGUUACAAGAUCAUGCCCGCGUCUGGUGGGAUAUCAUGGGCCAAACCCGGGAUGUCAGUGUAAUGACCUGGGAAGAAUUUAAAAGUUUGUUUGAAGAAAAGUUUUACAACAUCGCUGUGAGAACUUCACACAUGGAGGAUUUUGUGAAGCCUACUCAGGGAAAUAUGUCUGUGGCCGAAUACACCCAAGAGUUUGAUCAGCUGUCUAAGUUUGCUGGUGAUCUGGUGCCCAUAGAUUUCACCAAAAAACAAAAGUAUACUACAAAGGAUGCCGUCACGGCAUCGAAACCUUCUGCUAGUGGUAAUGUCAGUAAGGGGACCGACAGUGGCAACCCUGAUCACAAAAGGAAGGUUGAGGCUUCCGGAGUAUCUGGGGGCAAUAGAAAGUUUCGAGGAAACAGAGGUGGCCGUCACGGUCACAGGUCCUCAUUUCGAUUACAUCUUGAUUGUGCUAAAUGCAAGAAACACCAUCCGGGUGAAUUUCGGGCCAAGGCAUUUUUCCAAUGUGGCGUGGUGGGCCACUUUAUCAGAGAUUGUCCUCAGGCCAAGAAAGAGGAGCCUAAGAAGAAUACUAUGUAG